UCCAAUAGUUUGAUCAUUCAACCCAGUGCAAAGGAUUUCACUGUUAUCUACUAUAGGCUACCCAGCAACGUACAAUUGACACUGAUUCUAUAUUCGCUGUGAGGUUGUCCAAAACGUGACGGAAUCUAAAACAAUUUUGUGAGAAGAAAUUACUAGGAACUGAAGAACUUUCGAGGACUGUUUGGGUGAAAGCACUACCAUGGAUCUUAUACCUAGUGGAAAAACGUUUCUAUCCAAACUGUUACUUGUUGUUGGACUUUUGAUACUUUUUAUUAAAAUGGGACGCACUGGCGAAUUGCACCCCGGCAUGCGCAACGUUUGUCCAUACCAAGAAGUUCAACUGGUGGGCCAUCGCCAGCCGUGCGUGCGGGAUUUCACCAAAUGGGUUAAAGUUUGGAAAAACAACUGCGGGUACAAUCAACAAGAAUGGUGUGUCGGCUACGAACGAAGAACGGCGUACUAUACAACUUACAGGACGGUAUAUCAGGAGACUUAUCAAACAACGUACAGAUGCUGUCACGGGUGGUCACAGCUAAACGGCGAGUCAGGCUGUGCUUAUCCAACUUGUAGCAGUGGUGUAUGUUUUAAUGGAGGAACAUGUUCAACUGACUAUUCCAAACUGUGUAUCUGCCCUCCAGGAUUUCAAGGACCCAGAUGUCAAUAUGAUACAAAUGAAUGUCAAAUUAACAAUGGUGGAUGUCGGAAUGGUGCAAGUUGCUGUAAUACAAUUGGCAGUUUCUAUUGUAAAUGUCCAGCUGGGUCUCAACUUGCAUCUGAUGGAAGAACUUGUGAAGAUUCCAAUGAAUGUAACAAUAAUAAUGGCGGAUGUCAAUCUACCUGCUUCAAUACAGGGGGAGGACAUCGUUGUGAUUGUCCGGCAGGUCAACAACUUCAUUCUGAUGGAAGGUCCUGUGUUGCCAUUGAUGGGUGCAGUAUGAACAAUGGUGGUUGUGAACAGCGUUGUAUAUCACAUUAUGGAGGGCGUUACAGUUGUCGUUGUGAUCCUGGUUAUAAACUGGCUGCUGAUGGAAAAUCAUGUGAUUUAUCCAAUCCAUGCAGUGUAAACAAUGGUGGAUGUUCACAACGUUGUGUUGCUCGUGGUACAAAUAGAGUGGUUUGUCAGUGCAAUGAAGGAUAUAAAAUAUCAUAUGAUGGAAAGACUUGUGAAGACAUAAAUGAAUGUGAAUCUAAUACAGUAUCUUGUGAACAUAGCUGUCGUAAUACACGUGGGUCAUAUACUUGUGCAUGUAAACCUGGAUACCAGCUAGGCAGAGAUAAAGAAACAUGUUUCCAAAUAAACAUUGAAAUUGUAGAGGAUCCGUGUGGAACUGAUAACGGUGGAUGUGGAGGAUCAUGUGAUUUCCAAAAUGGGAAUAUUAUUUGCAGUUGUAACUCUGGCUAUCGACUCACAGGUGAUGGAAAAGGAUGUGAAGAUAUAAACGAAUGUACUAUGGAAGAGGCGUGUUGUGAACAAAUAUGUAAUAAUAAUGCUGGAUCAUAUGAGUGUGGUUGUAGUAAUGGAUUCCGACUCAAAUCAGAUUCAUGUCAGUGUGAAGAUGUUGAUGAAUGCCUGUCUGAUAAAGGUGGCUGUGAACAAUUAUGUGUUAAUUCAGUUGGCUCUUAUGCAUGUGAAUGUCAUAACGGUCAUGACCUUGAUGUCAAUGGCAGAGGCUGCAUAUGGGGUGGUGGUUCGCCAGGAUUGAACACUAGACCACCACCUGUGGCACCCACUGUAAGGUUUCAUGGAACACCAAAAGCUGUUGUAUCAUUAGAUUAUUUAAACCAUGGUCGCCAAGCAUUGAAUGGAAUAACUUCAGUUGAGAAAUGUCAAAAAGGUUUCUUUGGUUCAAAUUGUGAAUACAACUGUGAUUCCUGUAUAAAUGGCGGUGCGUGUAAUUUAGAUUUUGAUGGUUGUGAAUGUCCUGCUGGAUGGACUGGAUUGUUGUGUAAUGAAACUUGUCCUGAAGGCACGUAUGGUAAAGCAUGUAAUGAGAUAUGUAGCUGUCUGAAUGGUGGAACCUGUAACACGAUUACUGGACGAUGUACCUGUCCACCUCAUGUAUUUGGGAUCAACUGUGAAGAUGGCUGUGCUAAGGGUCUGUGGGGUUCCAGCUGUGAGAAGAGAUGUCAAUGUCCAGGACAGGGCAGGACAUGUGAUCGUGAUUAUGGUACAUGUGACUGCGAUCCUGGAUUUUUUGGAAUAAAUUGCAAUAUACAAUGUCCUGAGUAUACAUAUGGUAGACAAUGUUCUGAUGAGUGUGAAUGUGAUCGUAGACACUCUACUGGUUGUCAUCCUGUACAUGGUACUUGUAUAUGUAAACCUGGAUAUCAGGGAACAAGAUGUAGCCAAGAUUGUGAUAUUGGAUAUUUUGGGGAUGGCUGUGAAGAAAAAUGUCUGUGUUUAGACACGUCUGCCUGUAACCAUGUGACUGGAGAAUGUAUGCGUGACUGUCCACCUGGAUAUACUGGAGAAGCCUGUGAAAUACCAUGUGAGGAAGGAACUUUUGGUCGAAAUUGUUUACACAAUUGCUUGUGUAGUGGCAGUCUUUGUGAUACAACCACAGGGUUAUGUUUCUGUGAUCCUGGUACAAGAGGAGAUCAUUGUGAAUUAGAGUGUGCUGAAGGUAAAUGGGGUGAAGAUUGUUACAAGUAUUGUGACUGUAAAAAUGGAGCUAAAUGUAAUAAAGUUACUGGUAAAUGUGAGUGCAAGCCAGGAUGGUUCACACAGGACUGUAGUGAAAGUUGUCCUGAGAGUCAUUAUGGAUUAAUGUGUCGUCAGCGAUGUGACUGUCAAAAUGGAGCAAGCUGUGAUCCUGUCACAGGGGAUUGUCACUGUGCGAUUGGAUGGCGUGGAACUACUUGCAAUCAACCCUGUGGUAUUGGUAUGUAUGGUCAGGACUGCAGUCUAAAAUGUAACUGUCGUAAUCUUGGAGAAUGUGAUCCAGUGUCCGGUGAAUGUAUAUGUGCACCUGGAUGGCAAGGAAGGGACUGCGAUCAAAAAUGCAGUAAUGGUACGUAUGGAAGUAUGUGUAAAUCUCCAUGUGCUUGUGCCAAUGGUGCUGACUGUGAUCAUAUCAGUGGAUCUUGUACUUGUACUGCUGGUUGGAGAGGAACCAUUUGUGAUAGAGCUUGUCCCGAUAACUACUACGGUUUUGAAUGCCAGGGUGUAUGUCACUGCGGCAAUGGUGCCAGAUGCAACCACAUAUCCGGUGAAUGCUACUGUGCACCAGGAUUUACUGGUCAUGCAUGUCAAGAAGUUUGUACUGACAACUCUUGGGGGUCAAAUUGUACGGGUACGUGCGAUUGCUUGAAUGGCGCUACAUGUGAUCAUGUGACUGGACGAUGUCUCUGCACAAAUGGUUGGAAAGGAGCGAAAUGUGAUCAGGUUUGUUCUGCUGGUUUCUUUGGUGCUAACUGUGCACAACGUUGUAUAUGUCGAAAUGGAGCUGAUUGCAAUCAUAUGACUGGUCAGUGUACGUGUAGCGCCGGAUGGACCUCGGUUGCGUGUGAACUUGAGUGUCCAAAUGGCUACUAUGGACCUGGUUGUGUAAUGCAUUGUCAAUGUCAGAAUGGCGGUAGUUGUGAUAGGUAUAAUGGUACAUGUCAUUGUCAACCUGGAUGGACAGGAGUGUAUUGUCAACAAGAAUGUUAUGAUGGUUUUUUUGGUGAUGAUUGUGAACAGCGAUGUUCAUGUCAGAAUAGUGCAGAGUGUGACCAUAGAUCUGGUACUUGUAGUUGUACUCCUGGAUGGCAAGGACGUUAUUGUGAUUCACCAUGUUUUAAUGGUUACUAUGGCGAUCACUGUGCAAACAAAUGUGAUUGUCCGCCAGAACAGCCAUGUAAUCAUGUGACAGGACAGUGUGUGUGUCCAGCUGGCUACAAUGGCUACCAAUGUAAUAGGGUUUGUCGUGCUGGUACAUGGGGUGAAGGUUGCAAGGAAUCCUGUCAGUGUGGUCUCAAUACUGUGUGUAACCCUAUCACUGGAGAGUGCCAAUGCAAGCCUGGAUAUCGUGGGAAAAACUGUGAUAAAGAUUGCCAUUCUGAUCACUAUGGUAACAACUGCCAAUUGAGAUGUGAAUGUGAAAAUGGUGGUCAUUGUGAUUCAAUAACAGGAGAAUGUACUUGUCUUCCUGGGUGGAUUGGACCAAAAUGCAAUAAAGCAUGUCCUGACGGACGAUAUGGUCUCAAUUGUAAUAACAAAUGUGAGUGUGUUAACGGUGGUAUUUGUGAUGAACAGACUGGUAAAUGUACAUGUCCAUCAGGGUUUAUGGGAAUAUUCUGUGAUAACGAGUGUCCACUUGGUAUGUAUGGUGAAAGGUGUCUGAAACAAAAGUUUUGUCGUAACAAUGGUAUCUUAGAUAUGGAGUCAGGUGUGUGCAAAUGCAGUCUGGGAUGGACUGGACCGACUUGUGAACAAGAAUGUUUGCGCGGUUACUAUGGUGCUAAUUGUCAGUUAGAAUGCGUAUGUGAAAAUGGUGGAAGAUGUGAUAGGGUAUCUGGAUGUUGUGAUUGUCAACCUGGUUACUAUGGGCAACAGUGUGAAUAUGAAUGUCCGGAGGGAUAUUAUGGUUCCUACUGCCGUAAUCGAUGUGAUUGCAAGAAUGGUGCUAAAUGUGACCCCCAAACUGGUCAGUGUCUCUGCAAACCUGGCUGGAAAGGAGACCGUUGUGCAAAACCUUGUUCUGUUGGUUUCCAUGGUGCUAAUUGUUUAAAAGAAUGUAGUUGUUUUAAUCAGUCACUAUGUAAUGCUGUGACAGGAAAGUGUCAUUGUCCGCCUGGAUUUACAGGAGACACAUGCAUAGAAGCUUGCUCUGCUGGUAAAUAUGGUCCUGAUUGUUUAUACAAUUGUGAAUGUACAAAUGGUGCUACAUUGGUCUAUGAACAAGGUAAAUCCCACAAUGGUGCUUGUAUCUGUAGAAACCAAUGGAUUGGUGCUACUUGUGAACAAGGUGGACCGCCUCAUUUUUCAAAACUCACUGAUGAUUCCAUACAAGAAUUUUAA